AUGUUGAUACGCAAAGGAGGGCGCCAACCAGCCACAUACCCAGACCGAUAUCUUUAUCUUCGCGUGCACAAUCCCUACAAAGAAGGCCGCUUACCAAGAUUGAUCGAUCGACGAUCUUGUGAAGGUGAACCGAUAGAUCCUGACCGCGUUGACGUUAUUUUAGAAGUUGCAAGUGAUCUCUCUAAGAGUAAGAGGGCAAUUCAACGACAUACAGUUGUAGACUCGUGUUCUAAGAAAGAGACAUUAAUAAAUGGAUUCAGAGUAACCGGUUUAUGUCCAUUUGAACCAAAUAAUGUUGAUUUUAGCAAGUGCAUUGCAAGGGUAAACCAACCCGAUGAUACACCCACGUCAGAAAAAAAUGUUAAGCAUAAUAUGAAUGUGUUGACCUAUUCAGAGUUUUGUAACAUUGUGGGUGAGUCAAUUCUUGAAAAAUGUCGAACAGUCUCUUCCAUUUUAGAGUCAGAUGAUAACUUUUUUGCAAUUUACAAUUUAUGGCAAAGAUUUGAGGCUGCAUCGGAAAACAAUAAUAAUUAUAGAAUUAAUAAUGACGUGGACCGUGGCCCUUUCGACAAACCGACCAAAAUCGUAGAAGACAAUUAUGUGACUGAUAUUAUAGAAGAUGACGAAACCCCUAGGUCGAUUCUUGAUGAAUUUACAGGUGAGUUAAUAAAUAAAAACGAAGAAAGAGAAGAUGAAAAGAAAGAAGUGUAUAGCGAGCCGACACUUCAGAAUAAUUUAAUAGAACGUAGUCUCACUCCGCAGCCUAGCACGUCAAAACAAGUCACAUAUUCGACGGUUUCCAUAAUUUCUAAUGUAUCUCUAACUGAAUACUUGAAACAAAACUUACCAUUAUCACCUAAGCGACAAGGAAAGCGCCAAAUAGAAAGACUGCCAUUUGCUUUAACUUCAGACCAAUACGUGGAAAGAAUAAAAGCAAAACAGUUAAAAAAAGAUUGA